AUGUUUGGCAAAGAAUUUGUUGUCGAUUCCGAUUUCACAGAUCUAGAAUCCAAAAUUAUUGGAAACACAGAACUCAGUGAAGAGAGUAUCAAACAAAUGGUGUCAGAAAUGGGUGCCAAAGACUUCAGAGGAAAAGAUUAUAAUCUGAUUCAAAGGAAUUGUAAUCACUUUUCCGAUGCCUUUUGUAAAAAACUGUGCGGUAAAGGCAUUCCUAAAAAUAUCAACAAUUUGGUCAAAACUUUAGCACAAUAUCCAUGGCUUGAAAAACAAAUACCCAAAGAGUUUGUGACUCCGAAAGCACUCCAAAACAAAGUCAAAGACGAGGAGAAAAAAGCUAAACAAAAGGAAAACAAACAAAAUUCUAGUGAUUCUAAUAGCGAUACAACUAAUGAAUAA